GCAACACUGCAACACUGCUUCUUCACAAGAUGAGCAAAAUCGGCACCAGCCUAACUCCAAGAGAAUCUGGCAAACAUAUUGUGCGCCAAGCAAAAUAUUUAAAAGUUCUGCCCUCGGGAAUUGAGCGUUUGGUCGAUGAGAUUGUCAGCGGCUUAAUAUCGAAACGCAUUGAUGUCGCCAAUUUCUCGCAACAUGAACUUCAUCCAAAAUCAACUGAUGCUCAUGCUGCCAACUGGAUUUUUAUUGUGGAUACACUGAACUUUUGCUUCUGGACACCACAAAACUACACCAAGUACAAGGUGAAUGGAUACACCGGCUACUUUGCCCUCUGUGCUGCCAUCAAUCGAGCUAUGAAAGAUGGCUUGGACAUAACGAACCCGGAGUUUUACUCCAAAGUCGACAUGGAAACAUUGUCAAACAUAUUUCGACCGGACGAUAAGGAUACAAAGAUCCCAUUGCUAGAGAAGCGCUUGGAGUGUCUCCACCAGGUGGGAGAGUGCCUGCAGAGCAAGUGGCAGGGACGCUUUGAGAAUGUGGUGAAGGCGGCCAAGAAUUCGGCGGUAACUCUGCUGCAGCUGAUAGUGAACGAGUUUCCCUGUUUCCGAGAUCAGGCUGACUUUGCCGGCGAACGAGUUUCCAUCUUAAAACGAGCUCAAAUACUUGUCGGGGACUUGUGGUCCUGCUAUCGAGGUGAAGGUCUUGGCUACUUCGAGGACAUUGAGAAAAUAACCAUGUUUGCGGACUAUCGAAUUCCCCAGGUAUUGGUGCACUUUGGUAGCCUGGAGUAUACGCCGGAAUUGCUGGAGCUACUCAAGAAGGACACCAUCAUGCAGAAUGGUGAUCCUAUGGAGGUGGAGAUAAGAGGCGCUUCCAUUUACAUAAUCGAGGAAGUCAAGGAUGCUGUCCUGGAUAUAUUAAAGCAAAAGCAUCCGGAUGUGGACACACGCAAUGUAAACUCCAUUUUAAUUGAUCAAUAUCUUUGGGAUUACAGACGUGACCAUGCCGCUGAACUGGAGUACAUACCAUUCCACAAAGUGCUGAGCAUUUAUUACUAAAUCCAAGCGAAAAAUGAAAUGUAUAAAGUUUGUUAAAUAAAUGCACAUACAAAUAUAAUA